AGCAGCUGCCUCACUGCAGAAGUCCCAGCUGUUUAAUAAAGCUUCACACCUGCUUCUACUGUGUUUUUUUUAUUUUUUAUUUUUUAUUUUUUAUUUAUUAUUUAAAUAAAGGAUGUCUUUCACCCCCUCUUUCGCCUCGCAGCUCACAUCCGUCAUGGACGUGUUGGCCAAGGCUGCAGUGGCGGAGAUAACCAAGCUGGUGGAGGAUGGGAGUCUGGUGCUCCGCCUGGAGAUGCAGGAGCUCCAGAGGAGACUGGAGCUGAUGGAGGAUGAGCUCUGGAAGAAGCAAGAAGCAGCCUCGACCAGAGCUACUGAGGACGAACAGCAGCAGACAGCAUCUAGUCCAGAUACAAAAGAAGAUCAGCAAACAUGUGCAGUGUAUCUGGAACCAAAGUCUGCUCACGCCCUGUGCUGGCUUGGACAUGGAACAGAGGAGAGCCGUGACAUGAGGCCGGUGGUGAAACACGAGCCCGCAGAUGAACUCGCCACCCGGGAAACAACAGACAACACAACGACAGCGGACGUUUGUUUUGAGGCGGGAGAGCGAGAUGACCUGAUCUGGCCUCCUCCCGCCUGCAGCAUGUUUGAGAAAAGCCCUGUUACAAUGCAGCCGCACGUACAGAUUUUCCCCCCUCAGGCUGGGCAAUACGCUGCUCACAGACACACAGAAAGUUCCAUAAACUCUUUAUCCACAGCAGCAGAGGAAAUCCCAGAUGUUUCCUUAAGUGUGCCGAUCAAAGUAGAGGUAGGGAUUCGACCCGCGUGCAUGGGAAGCACCACUCCAGAGUCUGUUUACAGUGGACCGCUCCGACAUGCUUCACUCCCUGCAGUCAGUCAGGAACAGUGCUUGCAGUCUGCUUUGCAGCAGGCCGGGCCGUCACUGGCUUCGCCUCAUGCACAGAGGUCUGCAUCAAAUACGUUAGGACUAAACACGCACGAUCACAUCCUCAAUAGAAACAACCUGAAGGUAAAAAAGGUAAUGAAUGUUUGGAGGACAGGUCAGAAACUGUUCAUCUGCUCGAUCUGCAACAGGGGUUUCCAUCGCAUGUCUCAGCUAGAGGAGCACAAGACCUCCCACCAGCUCUUUAAACCUUUCCGAUGCCUCGAAUGCGGGAAAUCCUUCACUCAGAAGACCCGGCUGAAGACGCACCAAAGCGUGCACACGGGGGAGAGGCCGUUCAGCUGCAAAAUCUGCGGCAAGAUGUUCUCGAGGCAGGACAACUGCCUGAGACACGAGCGGUUCCACAGCGGGCUGAAGCCCUACAGCUGUGGACAGUGUGGUAAGAGCUUCACCGUGCUGGGUAACCUCAAAAUACACCAAGAGAUUCACCUGCAGGGAAGAUAGCUGAGAGAAUUUACUCUAUGUACUUUGACAGUUUUUGAUGCAUUGAAUGCAGCCAUAACAUGUCUAGCAUGCAUUUCAGGGGGAAAACCAGGGAAGCUGGCAGUGUUCAGUGGUUUUUGGGGGAAAAAUGUGAUUUUUAUUUAUAAAUUGCUCUGACCAGUGUACUGCAAGUGUUGAAAAUGCAGACACAUCAUAUUGCCCAACCAUCCCCCAAACACACACUCUUAUUUGUAGUUCAUAAUGUCCAUUUCGGCCUUGGUUUCCUGUCGUGUUAUGGGCUUUUUGUGGAUGGCCUCAGAUAGAUUUACGGCUGUGCAACAGUUUCUAUCAGAGAUGCAACAAGCUGAUUUGCUGGAUUGGUAUCGGUGCCGUUACCGACUUAACGAGCGGGUUGGGUAUCUGCCAUGACCGAUCCAAAUUAAAUACACUUUAUUGUCAAUGUCAUAAAAUGUAGUGCCUCUACUGCCAGUUAAAUAAAUUCAGUCACCGCAGGCUGCCAAUUCAGGUUUUUCUCGUGGCUCAUGUAACAAUGCAUAUUAAUAAUUCCAGUUUAUUCCAUUCUGUUUCAAAGAAAUAGAGCACAUAUAUUAGAUCAGUACUCUGCAUUGGCAGAUAUCCUCACCUCAGGUAUAGGAGUUUGUAACAGGAGAGUAAAAGUUGGAUCGGUGCAUCUCUUGUUUUUCCAGUUUCGUGAUGUUCUUACUGUUCUCAGAGGUGUUUCAGUGCCUUGGAAGUGCGAUGGUAUCCUUUCCCUGAUUGGUACUUUUGUAAUGUUCCUUUGUCUUCAUGAUGGUGGACCUUUCCAGAUACAGAAUGUGUAUUUAAAUUAAAACUUCUUGUUAAACAAGUGAUGUUUAUUCAACUUAUCAUGCGGCCCAUAAAAUCAUUUGGCUGCAUCAGUGAUUAUUGAAGUGUGUCGUGGUAGUUUGGGUGUGUGUGCCUAUGCAAUAAUUCAUUGUUUUAGUAUUUGCACAACAUUUAAAUCCAUUUGUUUUCUCUUGACAUUAAGGUUUGUAAAUGUUCCCAAUUUUCCUUUUCCAAUUUUUGUCUUAAAGGUUUGUCUUUCAUG